AUGUUCAACAUUUCUAGAAUACCACAGAUACAAUGCGAUACCCUUUCCCUACCUCCGCCUCCCAAUGACUCGGACGCUCGCAAAAUCUUGGUUCUUAUACACGAUUGGUUCUACGCUGUUGAAGUUCUCGAUUCGCAUCUACAACCAUUGUCCGCAGCGGAUAUUGAACGAAGAAUCGCAGAUGUUGUGGAUGACGUCGAGCUUAGGUUAGCUGCUGGUGAGAAAGCCCCCCCUGUCGGCGUUCUGAGCGCCGAUGAACGCGAUCUAUGGAGCGUAAAUUUGCAUCAUCUACUAUCUCUUUCCCACACCAAUCAUGCUAUUCUGCGCACAAUCAACCACUCUAUUUUCGCGCUGAGUCUCGACCACUCUGUCUACGUUCUCCCAUCCUCCAUCUCUGUGGAUGGCCCUUCACAUUUGCCUCUACCAUCCCCAUGCACAGUUCCAGAACUUACCGCUCAUUUACAUAACGUGCGCUCUGGUCCUGCUCCACGACCCGCACACAAUCGCUGGUUUGACAAGCCAUUCUCACUCAUCGUCGAGCCCAACACACGCGCAGGUGCACUCGGUGAACACUCACCAUGCGACGCGCUUGUCCCGAGUAUUGUUGCGGAAUACGCGGUUGUUCAAGAAAUCGAUGGAGAUGCUUUUGGUGCGCAUGCUGACAGCAAGCGGCCCGUGUCUAGGGCGCCUGGCUGGCAACGUCUCGAUUGGGUCGUAGACGAGCAUAUUAGAAAUGAAUGUAUUGCAGCAGAAGACCGAGCAAGGAUUCUCGUCGCAGAUUCGGACGAUGGUAUCCUUUGGUUCGACGAGUAUGGAGUGGAGUGGAUAAAGAAUAAUGCUCGCUUUUCUCCGGAUGCGUUCAUCCAAAUGGCGCUUCAACUGGCGUGGUAUAGGACUCGGAAAUGCUUCACUGCGACAUAUGAGACGGCUCUGACACGUGUAUUCAAAAAUGGUCGUACCGAAACAAUUCGCACGCUUACAUCUGAUGGUAGGGCGUUCGUCCUCGCUAUGUCUGAUCCUUGUGGCAGUGUUCAAGUGCGACAGUCACUGUUACGUCGUGCCAUCCAGACGCAUACGAAUCUAACUCGUCAUGCUACAACUGGACGCGGUAUUGACCGACAUCUCCUUGGGCUUAAAUUGAUGUUACGCCCGGAGGAGGGAGAGCGACAUGAACUGUUUGAUGAUGAGCUCUUUACUCGUAGUCAAACAUGGAAGCUCAGCACCAGUGGGUUGAGUGCAGGCAACCAGUUCCGUGGUACAGGGUUUGGUGCAUCAUAUCCUGAUGGUUACGGAAUUAACUGUGCUGAGAUUAUUAAGUUUGGGAUUGAGUCAAAGGUUUCCAGUCCCUUAACCUCAACUGAGGAAUUCAAGUCAGCAAUCGUAGAAGCUUUGCAUGACAUGAAGAUCAUCUCUGAAUCCACUGUUGCAUCUCACUUAUAG